GAAAGCGCGCGCCGGGUGGAAGAGAAGGGGUCGCCGCCGCCGCCUUGCCUUUGCCUUCCUCCUCCUCCUCCUCCUCCUCGAAUGAAUUAACUGUCAGCUGCUUCAGAUGACUGUCUUUCUCUCUGAAAUGCACCUAUGGUCUUUGAAGAGCACCUUGCAUGUUCAAGACCAAGACAUUGGAAUCUAUCAUUACUAUGACAAAAAGGAGGCAGAACCACAAGUGAACUUUGGCUGCUUAUAUGAGAAACAACAGUUAGCAGAAUCUCGAGAUUAUCCUUGGACACUUAAGAACAAACGUCCGGAAAAGCUGCGAGACACACUUAAGGAGCUAGAGGAACUGAUGCAAAACAGUCGGUGUGUACUGAGCAAAUGGAAGAGCAAAUACGUCUGUCAGCUCCUCUUUCAUUCAGGUGUACUGGUAUCCCUAGGCCUUUCAGGGCCACAGCUGGAGCGAGUGGUGAUUGACAGAACCCUGAUGGGGAAGCUCAUCUCCGACACUAUCAGCGAUGCUGUUCUUACAGACAGUUUCAUGAUCUUGUCAUUUUGGGAGCAAAGCAAACUCUGUUUUAUUCAGUUCACAAAGAAGGCAAAUUCUCCUGAUGCAAACAUAAAGCUUGAAAAACUCUCCUCCUUGGAUUUUAAGAUAUCUUAUAUUGAUACACCCGAGCUGGGCAAUAGAAGAACAAAGCAUCAUCUGGCAAUAAAUAGCAAAGAAGAUAGAGUUAUAUGCUGGUGGUUGACGGCAAAGGAUGAAGUGUGGCCUUGGUCUCCUGGUUCCAGUGAAAGGGAGAGAGGCAACUUGCUGCUCUUGACCUAUGAGCAUGGCGGCUUGCAGAUUCUGAGUUACAUACGUACCGAUGGGGAUCCACUUGAUGCCGGCUUUAGCUCAUGUAAUCCUUAUCAGAUUCAUACUGUAGAACACGCUUUCAAUGCAGACCACGAGCCCAUGGCUGACAGCUGCAUCUAUGAGUACGUUAAGAAUAAAGUUCAGUGUGUGGCAGUCACCAAAAUACCACUGCUAUCAAAGGCCAUCAGCUGCUGCUGGAACAUUACAGAAGACAAACUUGUUCUGGGGUGUGAAGAUUCUUCAAUAGUCCUAUAUGAAGCCUACCGUCAAGUAACUUUAUCAGCACAGGCAGAACUAUUGCCUGUCUUAAUGUGUUGCCACCCCAGUGAAGCCAUAGUCCUGGUUGGUAGUUCACAAGGGGAGCUUCAGCUGUUUGACAUGGCACUAUCUCCAAUUAAAAUGCAGGUUUUAGCUGAAGACUUCUCAACCAAAUCAACUUUGCAGUUCAGUGAACAUUUUGAUGUAUCCAGCAGCCUCAUCCAGAUCCAGUGGGCUGCUCCUAAAGUUUCAUGUCCAAGUAUGGAUGAUGUAGAUAUCCAUGAUCUUCUCUUACUUAAGUUUGACAAAGGACCUAUUGGAGUGCUGCAUUUUAAAGUUGGUGUCAUCCCAAGAGGCCAGCUUGGCCUUGUAGAAAUCAUCCAGGAGUAUAUUCAUCAGAAUGAGAUACAUGAGGCAAUUAAUAUCCUGAGCAGCAUGAACUGGAACAUAAUGGGCCAUCAAUGCUAUAUAAGCCUAAGUGCCAUACUAAACUAUCUUCUCAGACAAAAGCUGAAUCUUACAAGAGAAGCUCAGCUGGAGGCAAGCCUCGGAACCUUCUAUGCCCCAACAAGGCCUCUCUCUGAGACAACGGUGUUGGAAUACAGGGACCAGGUCAGCAGAUAUGCAAGAAGAUUCUUCCACCAUCUGCUCAGGCACCAAAGAUUUGAAAAGGCCUUUCUGCUUGCUGUUGAUAUUGGUGCCCGGGACUUAUUUAUGGACAUCCAUUACUUUGCACUAGAUAAGGGUGAAUUGGCACUAGCAGAAGUGGCAAAGAAAAAAGCUAACGACAUUGACACAGAAUCAAUAACCACUGGAGUUGAUUCCCAAAGGAGCAGAUUCCCUCCCACCAUCCGCCAGAUCAUGGAGAUUGAAGGAGAAUGGAGAGGCGCCAGUUUAUUCUCUGCUUUCUCCUAAUUCCAGAGAGGAUAUCACACAUCAAGUCAUCCUUGGAGCAGCUGUAUAGAAGCAGCAGUCUGUUCCUCAGUCUGGCAGCAGAUGCUCUUGGAAAGAUAAAGGUUGCACUGACAUGAGCAGGUGCUGCUGCUGCUUCACAAAUUAUUCAAUUGUGGCUUCUCUUCCUCCUCUAUAUAUCAAAGGAGGGGUACUAUUUAAAAGAAAAACUUAACAACAGAAUUGUUAUUUAUAGAAAUUCAAAGCAAAAAAUAAAAACAGAUUACUAGAGCUGUGCUACGCACACCAAAUCUCAAAUGGCAGCAAAGAGGAAACGUCUGCUCCAGCAAAUCUUUUUCCCAUGACUGAGACUUAUUCAGGAAACAUCCUGAACUAGGAUGCUACAUGUCCUAUUCCUCUCACACAAUCACACUGCAGCACAAAUAGUAGAACAUGUAGCUAUUUCCACUUCAAGAUAAUAAAUCAAGCUACCAAAGGAACUGCUGCAAAUGGAAACUAGCCAUAAGAAUUGCCAUAAUUAAUAAAGGUUUGUGGCAGUGAGCAACUCACCCAUUAAGACAUUACUGCAUUAUGAAGACCCAGUGAAAAACCUAUCUAAUAAAUGUCAGAAAGUUUCCCAGGGCCAGCUUUCAACAAAUUGCAUUAGGUCACAGCAAGAUGAAUUUAUUUUAACCUUCAAAACAAUUGCUUUCACCCCAAAGGGAUUCAUGUUGUGACAAGACAGCCCGAUAAAUACUAUAUGGUUCAAAGGGAAACUAUGAAGCCCCAUCCCUUUAAAAAGAAAUUUACUUAUAAACGUUGGUGGUUUUGAGCUUUUUUUUAAGUGACACAACAAUUUUAUAGUUCAGAAAAACCCUACAUGGCUGGUUUGCUCAAUAGCCCAUUAGUUAACAUGAACAAUAUUUAAGCUUAUUUUCCUAGUUGCGGGAGGGGCUUUGUAAAUUAUAGUUAAGCAUAUGGAACCACCAAGUAUAUGAGUAAAGCUUGGAAUCUUAAAACUAUUUCAUGUUUCAAUUAUUUACAUAUAGCCAAAGUUCAUUAAAUCUAUUUUUGACUGGCCAAGCAUAAAGGCUUUUAAAACAAAACUAUGAGUUGGUUUCUCACUGAAGCUUGAUGAACAGGGCACAAAAUUCCAGAAUAUUCAGAAAAUAGUCUCUAGACUUCUGUGAGACUACCACGUAAGUGGUUCUUGGUUUGCCAGUAGUGUCUUCUUACAUACAUGAAGACAGCUUAUUAAAUUGUUCUCAACUAACUCCACUGACUUAGUUAUGGAGGGAAGUUCAGACUUGAGAGUAAAGUCUGAACUUACCUCCAUAAUUUAUGGUUCAUUAUGGGUGUGAUUUCAUCCAUUUUCUCUGUGACUGUACCGGUACCGAUUACCACCUUCAUGCAAGCCUCAAAUGUACUAGGGCCAGGAUAAAUAAUG